AUGGAUCGAGGAUCACAGGAAGUUCAGGUGGUGGACCACCGAAAGACUUUGGAUCUGGAGGCGCCAGAUCCCACCGAGGUGGAUCCGCGUUGGAUCCAUGCCCAUCGAUCUUUCGAUGCGCUCAAAGCCAAGAUCACUACUACUCCGAUUUUACGACCACGCGAUUGGGCCAUUUCGGGAUCAUUGAUGCAGGAAUACGACCAGAUCUACUACCUUGUGAUGUUCGCGAGCCGCACUUUGAAGUCGAAUGAGCUGAAUUAUGGCAUCGCGGAAAAGGAGGUACUAGCCCUCCUAAGGAUCCUGGAUCUUAACUACAAUACACUGGUCGGGCGUCCGAUCCACGUGUUGACCCGACACUCAACAUUGGCGUGGCUCUUCAGAUCCACAGCCCUACAUAGACGCAUAGGACAAUGGGCUGCUCUGUUGUCGCCCUGGACCCUUGAGAUCACCAAGUGUGUAAAAGGAGAAGACGAGAUCUUAGGAGCAUUGGCAGCCAGUAUUACCCCUAGAUCCGAAGUGGAUAAGGCGUUGACCUCGAUUGCCCCUAAAAAGGAGCCAAGACGUAAGAUCCAAGCUCCGAUCCCCACUAUUGGACGCGACGAGGAUCUAUACGUCUUUCGAUGGAUCUUCCCGUGUCAAGAGAGAGGCGGAGGCGCCUACAGCGCGAUCUUGUGGAAGCUGCCUGAAUGGAGGGUGUUGAAGACUAGAUUUGGGUACGCCGAAGGCUUGACGGUGAACGAGGCGGAAUACCAUGGGUUGUUGCUAUGUUUGGAUCUGUUGGAAUAUUUGGAUCCGCGACGCCUGGUGAUCUGCGGAGACUCAAACCUGGUGAUCCGCCAACGGGAUUGGAACGGGAGCACUGACAGCUUGGCCAACGCCGCACUACAACGACAAUGUGGGAUCGAGGUCGAGACCGAAGAUGGGAUCCAGGAUCUAGUGACCUUGAACCGGUUGGACGAGAUCCUGGUGGUGAAGAUCGAAGACGAGAUCGCACAGAUAUCCGCCGUAACGAUCCAAUCGAAGGCUAGAUCUGGAGUGCGUAUCGGAUCAGAUCCAGACUCAUUACGUGAGGAAGUUGUGAGAGAGUUGAGGAUCGAGCGGAUCCGACAAGCACAGGAUGAGGAGUCGUGGAUCCUGGACUUGAAGAAGUAUUUGGUUGGGGAGAUCCGGGAUCUGACACAAGAUGAUGCUAAGAUGUUUAGAUCUAUUGCUAUGAAUUACGAAGUGGAUCAGUCGGAUCUACUCUUUUACUGCCCGACAACUAAGGAGGAAGCCGCAGAUCGAGACAAGUUGAUGCGAUUGGUGAUACCCGAGACACUCCAACAGGAUAUUUUGCAUCACUAUCAUACGAGCUUGCAGGGUGGCCAUCAAGGAAUUGGCCGGACUUAUGAUCGGAUCCGCGAUCACUUUCACUGGAGAGGGUUGUACAAGACUAUACAACGAUAUGUGGGAGAAUGUGUUGAUUAUGAAACUGGCAAAGGACGACCUCGGAUCCAGGGUGAGUCGCCUGGUAACCUUCAGGCGACAUACCCAUUCCAGAUCAUUGCCAUGGAUUACAUACCUUCAUUGCCUAGAUCCUUCAAUGGCAACACUGAAUUGUUGAUCUUCGUGGAUCUAUUCUCGGGAUAUGUGAUCGCCAAAGCCAGCGCCUCUAGAUCCGCUCAGUCAAUCGCUGAGACCUACGAGGAAUGUGUCUUCCGCAGGUUUGGUCCAAGCGAGGGGAUCCGGCAUGAUCGGGAGCCAGGCUUUAUGUCUGACUUUUUAAGUCCUUCAACAAGAUCUUGGGACAAUGUCAACGUGCUACUAUGGCUUAUCGACCCCAAGCUAAUGGAUCCGCAGAGCGUAUGGUCCGGACAACUACCAGGGCUUUUAAGAUGUAUGUGCAGGAUUUGGAUCAACGAGAUUGGGACGAAUACGCUGAACGGCUCACCUUCGCGAUCAACUCUGCAAGAGAUCUAUUUUGGAAGCGGUGAUCCCAGUGGAGAGCACUCGCAGGCACGAUCGAAAUCCAAGAAGAUGGCGAUAUCGGAUCGGCCAAACAUGCAUAAUGAUCUAGUACGUCCUCAUCCUGUAGAGUCUGGAUCAAGAGUCUGGUUAUACCUAGAUCGAGUGCGUGAGGGAUAUGCAAAAAAGCUGGCGCACUUGUGGCAUGGCAUCCAUUCUGCGACGCAGAAUAGAUCAUGCCACAAGUUCGUCGCAGGAUCAUUAUACAGCAUUUUCCCAUUAGUGCAUGUUUCGAAGAUCAAACUGGUCAAGAUAUUCCCAGAUCGACCAAUAGCUCGUCUAAAUGAGGCGGAUGGAGAUCCGGUGGACUUCGAUGAAGCUCCCCCUACCUGA